CUGAUUGGCCGCUCGGGGGGAGUGGGCGUGGCUUCACCAUAACAAUGCAUUUCAAGGAACACACACGCGCCAAGGAAUGUUGUCUGUCGUUCGGUAGCUAACGUUAUCUUAAUCACUUAGAGUUUAACGGUAUUUACCGCCGAGGUCACCGCUGCCGUUAACGGACAGACCUUUUUUUUUGCUUGUUUCUGAAGAAAACGGAUUUCCCAUGCAGCAGCUGAAGAGCCCGUGUUAGCUGGCUAACGUUAGCAGGCUAAUACCUUGGUCUGUCGCGGGACAUUGUCAAAAAUCAUCGACUGAUCCGUUAGCCUCCGUCCGUCUUCUGUCGGGACACGGUUGUCGGUUAGAGGCGGUUACGUUCAACGAUAACUUGAUGGGACAAGACAUUUCGGAGACUGGGACACCUGCCAUCACCCUUCACCAGCGAGCAAGCACACUAGCUAAUAAAGGUUAAGACAAUCAGAGGCAACAUACAAGUGCCUCCACUGUACGGUUUCCUUUCCCAGAGUGUGACUCGUCUGCACGACGUCACCAAUGCGACCAUGGGAAAUAGCAGUAAAUAGGCUGCCACCAACAGCCCCCUUAAAUCCGAGGAGGUUCCUUGGAGAGCCCUGCAACGCCCCAGUGCAUCUCAGGAGAAGCCCACCAGUGAGACGCCAGUGGGGGAGACGAGACAGACCUGUACUGCACGCUUCCUCGGUCCAGGAUGAGAACUUCCAUCAUCUGCUUUUCUCCCAACAUCACCAACAGGUUCCUUUAGAUGAGUCCAGACAGUACAGCCACACCAGCACACCACCACGCAUGCUUCACCCUGCUGCUCACCUGCCCCAGCAGAGCCCCAUCAUGGUGGAUCUACACGACCAGAUGCACCAAGGAUCAGUUCCAAUAUCAUAUACUGUUACGACGGUGACGACCCAUGGAUUUCCCAUGCACACCGGGCAGCCCCUUCCAGGGUGCAACACUCAGCAGCUCCCAGCAUGCUCGGUAAUGUUCAGCGGACAGCUCUCUCUGCUCUGCUGCCUUCCUCCUCCUCUCAUACAGGCAUGUACCAUGCAGCAUAUACCGGUGUCUUAUCAAGCCUUUCCUCCCCUGAUCUCCAGCGAGCAUUUUGUAUUGCACCCAACCCCAUCUGUACCCCCCCACCAGCCGCCGCACCUUACUCCUUUGAGCCAGUUUGUCCCUUUACAGCCUCAGCACCCACGCAUGCCUCUACAGAGGGUAGACAAUGAAGUUGACCUAAGAGGGGACCAGCACCCUUUAGGGACCUUCUCCUACCCUCCCUCUCAUCACCCACCAGCGCUGCCUCCUUCUCUGCCCCUACAGUAUCUUCCUCAAGAGCCUCUGCAUCAGGAGCUUCCCUUCGGAGUGCCAUAUCCCCACAUGCUGCCCCGGCGAAUGAGCGGACAGAGAUACCGGCUGCAGCAGCCUCUCCCUCCUCCUCCCCCUCCUCCAUCUUACUACCCAGGCUUCCUCCCUUAUUUCCUGUCAAUGCUUCCUGUGCCUCCAACCGCAGUGGGCCCAGCCAUCAGCCUAGACCUGGAUGUGGAUGAUGUGGAGAUGGAGAACUAUGAAGCAUUACUGAAUCUGGCAGAGAGGUUGGGUGAAGCCAAACCACGUGGACUCACAAAAGCAGAUAUAGAGCAACUUCCGUCCUACAGAUUCAACUCAGAGAAUCAUCUAUCUGAACAAACGCUGUGUGUUGUGUGCUUUAGUGACUUUGAGUGUAGGCAGCUACUUCGGGUAUUACCUUGUAACCACGAAUUCCACGCUAAGUGUGUGGACAAAUGGUUAAAGACCAAUCGCACUUGUCCUAUCUGCCGAGCCGAUGCCUCGGACGUGCACCGGGAGGUGGAGUGAGAACUGUUUCCGAGUUCUGAACUGGAAAGCUGUACACACCAGAGUCUGUCCCAAAGCUGGGGACACCUGCCACCUAACCUGCGUCCUCCAGUAAAUAUAGCUUACCAACCCACUACUCCUGCCCUUUCCUAAAUAAUAAGCAAUCCAGGAUUGUUUUCCGGAGCCUGUUGUACCUCUGCUGUGCUUCAUUGUCCGAAUCUCAUGAAAACCCACUGCCUAUUGCAGCCUAUAGCCAGAGUUCUGGGAUCGCCAGCCAGUCCUUUCUCUGCCCCCUUGUUGCAGAUUCCAAAGAUCUUUUCCCUACAAUGCAUUAUUUGCUGCUUUUGUUUACAGGGUUUCGUUUUUAUUUAGUGGAUUUGGUUGCGGUGUUUAUGGAAAAAGCGAGAGUCCUGCAUGGGGAGAGAUGUGUUGGGAGCCUGGAGGAUGAUAGGCUGGACACCUUGUGCAAUUAGCAGAAAAAUAAUAGGAGUACUUCAACAUGGGUAUCUGUGUUUGGAGGCGACGCCUAACCAUCAUAGAUGCAUGUUCGUGUAGGUGUUGGGCUAAGCGACUUGUUAAUAAUGUAUGUUCUGCAAUAAUGUAUCGAUCCUUUUUAACAGUUUUACCCCUUAGUUUGUUUUAGACUUUGCCAAUGCUAUUGUGAAAGUGCAACUUGCUGUGGUUAAAUGCAGAUUCUGUUAAGCCUGAGUUUAUGGACUGUAAGUGACGGGACAUGCAACUGUGGGGAGUCCUCCACCCCAGAUAAUCCACUCUGGAACACAGAUCUGUACAAAAGCGGUCACGGAUUAAUGGACUGCGUCUUUUUUGAGGUCACCUGGCAUAACUGCACAAGUGCUACACCCACCCUCCACGUCAGCAUUGUUCCUCUGGCAAGUGUGCGCGCGCGCCUGUGUGUGUGUGUGUGUGUGUGUGUGUGUGUGUGUGUGUGUUUGUCCUGUUCACAGAGCCAAUGCAUUGUGUAACCACUGGAUACAGGGCAGCAUGCUAGGAUUUGCAUGAACUGUUGAGUCAGACUAGCAAUAUUUUAAUCAAGCAUUGCCACCAAAAUUUAUCCAAUUUUAAGAAAAAAGAAGAGACAAAGAAGCAUACUAAAAGAACUGCUUGCUUAUUGUGAAAGCGCCAUGAGGGAAGACUAGCAUGUGGUUACACCCCGGCCGCGUCCGCGUGCGGGAGUCCUCGUCCGAAGGCUGUGCUGAUGCCGUAGAGCUCUGGAGGCCUGCGCAGAAAGCAAUAUUGUGCAGUGAGCAGCGAGUUUUAAAUGAACUUUUUCUUCCCCUUUUUGGAAGACUGGGCUUUUUAUUUCUUUGUUUGUGAGCCAAAUCCAAUAUACAGAUAUAGCCUACUGUGGAAGAUUUCAGAUCUGCCUUUUUAUGACCUUGACAAGCACAAACCUAUUACUAACCCUGAAAAAAAAUACUUUGUCAUUUCCACUUGUUUUAAAAGUAUGCCGUUUAAAAAAGCAAAAAAAAAAAAGAAAAAGAAAAAAAAAGGUUUAUUUGUUGGUUUUAUCUUCUAGAGAAAUCCAUUGAAGGAAACCGUUGGAGCACUAACAAUGUUUGUGUAAGGUAUGUGUUAUAAUCUGGUAACUUGGUCAGGUCAUUGUCUUAGGCCAUGGUAACGGUGUCGUAAAAGAGCAACUGUAUGUUUAGCUUCAGUGUGAAUGCUUUUAGAGAAAAAAAACGAGAAAAAAAAACAAACGUUUGAAGACAGAAGAAUGUUAAAAACUCUUGUAGAAGUCACUGGUGACGCUCCACGUUACACCCGCUGUCAGAUCAGAACAGGCUUCAAAUAACCCAGAGCUGGAGUGUUCAGUAGUGUAGAAACACUGUUAGACUUCUAAUUCCCUGCUUGUGUUAACACUAUUAAAAAAAAUAAAUAAAAAAAUAAAACAAGAUAUAUUUGGGGUGGGAGGGAAAAGAGCGACAAAUUAACUUUUGGAUUCACUCUUGUCUCUUAACUGCCCCAUUAAGCACUAACAGGCAUUUGUAACCUUUGCUUUUAUGUGUAAAGGGAUCUUGCCUUUUUCUUUUGUUUCUUAAGUGAAUGUGAGUCUUUGACUUGUGCCACCUUCAAGAGAGAAAGAGAGAAAAAAAAGAAGCCAUUUAAUGAGUUAAACCCACAGCUUUGAGAAUUAACCUAUGUGUACAUAUCUAUUCGCUGGCAUAUAUUGUAAGUUUAAAAAAAAAAUCACUCAGGGCCUCUCGGUAUAUAAAAAUAAAGGAGAACAGUCCAUUUCAAAUGGAACGGAUGCCAUGAAAAGGGUAUAUCUGAAUUUAAGUUUGGUCGUUUUCCUCAGACCAUAAAUAAUUUAAUGUACUCAAUUAUAAUAUUCUGUUUUGUCUGAAAUAGUAGAUAAUACAUCAUUUAAAAACAGGCAUGCGAGAAACAAACAAAAAAAAAAGAGAUCAGUAAAUAUGUUAAUAAUAUUCACUGAAAAGAGGCAAUGUACACUGCAACUCAUUACAAGUGUAUUAUUACAACCUGUUUGACUUUUGUUCUUGUCCUCGGACCACAUGUUCAGACAUAGCGGCUGUGAUCCCACCUCUGAAUGUGCCGCAGUGCACACUAUUCUACCUAAUUCACUCCCAAACCUACUUCAGAGGUGUUUGCAUGACUUAAAAAAAUAAAUAAAUAAAAAAUUUAGAAAAAAAAAAAAAAAAGGUUAAAACAAGUGUGUUAUAGUGGAGGACAUCUCAAAAUGCGGUGGGGACCUAUUUAACGGUGCACAAUAUGCAUGCUUGUCGACCAGAUCCCAACUGAUUUUUAGCUCUAGUUGGCUUUGGGUUCUGGGGGUUUGGAUCUUAACGCUCAGCUGAUAACUGCCAUGCAUUGUACUGCACACAUUUGUAAUAGAACUGAAUGACUACAAGAUUUUAUUGCGCUACCUUCAUUUUAUAAAAAAAAAAGAGGAAAAAAAAAAAAGAAGCUGGUCUUGAAUCCAGAAAUUCUUACAUACAUUGUGUUACUGUUAUUGCCCUAACGACUGAAAAUUACAUGCUCUGAAACUACUGUAGUUUAUCAAAAAGCCAUAGUGAAAAGGUGCUAGAUGUUCUGCUUUUAGGUAUGAAAACUCACUUGCGUGAAUGCAAUAGUUUGUCAUGGAUCCCAUGUAUUCUUAAAGCAUGUUAUACCAAUACCCCUGAACAAUGUCAGUGAAAACCAAUAUAGUUUAAGGGAUUCAAAAAAAAAGAGAAAAAAAAAGAAGAAGAGGCAUAAAGUGUUGUCAUACUUAUUUCAGUGUAGUACUGUACCUGCCUAUCAGGCUCUUGCUCUCAGUGUAUCAAUAUCUCUAAAAAUGUAUUGUUCACAUAUAGAUACCUUAAUUCAUGUUAAUGUUAGCACUGUUCUUUUAAAUAUUUAAUUGACAAUAUCCAGCUACCCUACGAAAUAAAAAGAAGCUCCCAUUAAGGCCUAGGUAAUUUUUAACGACAACUGAGAAAUAGAGUCUUGUAGUCUUUCCGUUAAGAGUUAUUGAAUAAUCUCACAGCUUGUGUGGUGCAAAAAUGUGUUCCAAUAAGCAGCUAAAAUUUCUUUAGGAUUUGUGAUUGAUUGCUCCGUAGACGCCAUUUAUUAUUGUUUACCAAUGAUUUCUGUUUUGUUUUUUCUUUUGCUGUGGUGGGAUAGUGGUUUACUGUUCUUACUCUCCUUGGCCUCCAGGGGUCCUUGCCUGAACACCAGACUACCCACCCACCCACCAACAGAGCCAGGGGCAUGUGUUCUGUGUUAGGCAGAUGUUUUGCUUUGGUACUUGCACAUUUACAGUUACCUCAUUUUUUCCAUGUUUGUAUUGGGGAGGGCGGGGCGGGAGAAAAACGACUAAUAUAUAUUAUAUAUAGGAAAUGGUUCUUAUUAAUGUUAUAAUUUUUCAUUCCAUUGGAAUCAUAUUGUUUGUAGCAUUUAACAUAACUAGUUAGUGUAUUAUAUAUACAUCUGUAUACUGUUUGAAAUUUUUAAGAUUUGUACUUUUUUUAAAUGAAAGUUGCUAGUUAUGCUUUACCAAGUAGUGCAAUCAUAUUUUUUUUUUCUUAAUUGUUGUGGCUGAUUUGAGAGGGUUGUUCACUAAUAAAUGUAUGAUGUAUACCAAUAUCACACAGGUCUCAUGUGACAGGUUAUUGAAAAGUUAAAAUUAAUUAUGACGAUGAAACUGCCCAAAAUAUCCCACUCAUCUAAAUUAAUCACUGUGGAAAAAACAUCUUGUUCUGAACACCUAUAUAUGUGUAUGUAUAUAUAUAUUUAUAUUUAUUGAAUUUAAUCUCUGAAUUAAGUCUGAUGAAUAAUAGAUGCAAAUAUUGGAACUGACUUUAUUUGAAGAUUACAUUUAUAUCUCGGAUACUUAAAUUUAAUCAAAUCAACAUUUUCAUAAAACAGUCAAGAAUUCUCCCGAUUGAAUUCAGGACCUUAAUCUCAAUUUUAAUUUCUGAUUCUGAUUUGAAUCCUAUAAUUCUGAGCUUCAAGUCAAAAUUCAGACUUUUUCCAGUAGACUGAUCACGUUUAAUCUUACAACUCUGAAUCUAAUUCUUCCUUUAAUCUUUCUAUUUAAUUUCGCUUUGGAAUUCUGUCAGAAUUAUAAAUUUAUAAAAAAAAAAAAACAAAAAAAGGAAAGAAAAAAAAAGAUUUCAAAAAUCCAUUUUAAAAACGCCACAUGCAAGCAUCAUACAUUUUCAAUAAACCCGCAUUUUUUUAAAAUGUUUUUAAUUUAUAGUUGGAAAAUUACAUCUUUACAUGAGCCCAUUUAGAUGUUACAGGCAAAACAGGCAUCUAUGAGUAACCACAGGCACACUAUGGGCAGACUCGUACUAUGCUAGAUAAAGCCACAUGUAAAAGCUGUGGCCUCCGUUAAAUAUUUGAUUUUUUUAAACUUCAUGAGCUUGAGGCAGUCUGCUUUACAUAGUAGCCAACCUGUGUUUGGUCAUUUCAUGACACACGAGUCAAAAACAAACAAACAAACAAAAAAAAAAAAUAAGGUCAACUUGGGGACUUUAAAUAUCUAACUUAUGUACAGGUCAUGGCUCAUUUAAAACAGGGUUCCCAUGUGUCUUUAAUGUCCAAAUCCACCAACCUGCUCCAUCAAGUAGAACGUGCGCUCUCCACAUACACACACACACACACCACAUGGAUAAACAGUCGCACAAGUACCAAACCCAGCUUAGACCAGUUUUGUUGUGUUCGUCAAUUACUGUGGAGGACGCACGUGUAAACUCAAGGCAAAGAGGAUGUUGAAUUAGGACAAAUGGAUGAAGUCUUUGACAGAGACAAAAAAAAAAUAAAAUAAAAACAGACAAGGCAUUGACACCGUCACAGACACGUCAGUGCUGUAUCCUGUGUUUCUGCAGGUGUUAACACAACCCGUCUUCCUCAGCUGCCCAAACAUGGAACUACUUUGAGAAAUAGUUCUGGUUUUGCACAAAGCUACGCUAGUGUUUCAGUACAUGAGUAGAUGAUUAAACAGUUACUGGUGAGGAAGAAUAAGAAUUAACUGGAAGCUAGUACAGACGAUGCAAAACAAAGUUUGUCAGCACAGAUAUAAAGAUGAGUUCAAGAAAGGACUUCAAGAAAUAUUUAUUUGAUAAAAUUCAAGACUUUCCAGGCUAUUGGGAACCCUGUAAACACAACCAAACAAGAACUGAAUGCAGGGUGGUUUCAUUUUUUUUCCAGGUUAGGAUUUCAUCUCAAUGAUCCCUUAUGCAUAAUGGCCAUUUAACAAAAUAAGAAAAAGG